AGCUAUGUUUGAACAUAAUUUAUCAUGUUGAGUUUUAUUACUGCUUAGCAGGAGGCAUGUGGUGUAGAUUGUUUGCUUUUGGACGGUCUCUAUGCAACAAACGACGCGGUGUUGUAUCAGUGACAUUAGAGCAGUAGUUUCCCUCUGUCAGAUUCUCAGAGAAACACACGGAAAAAGCAAUAGAUUCUGCAGAAUGGGGCUCCAGAACCGCGUUGAGACGUGCAGGAUGUUAUGCAGACACAUGAAUGUUCCGUAUGAAAGCGGGCGCCAUGACACGAGAAGAGACAGCGGUGCCUUCCAGCCUCAGUUCUGUCCACCGCGGGCCCCUCUGAGGGAGGAUGAGCCGCUCACGGUGUCCUAUUCCGGGCGCCUGAGCGCCGCCGCCCGCGCCGACCUGAGCCUCAAAGCCGGAGACGCAUUCACACGUAGAGUGUGUUUUGCUCCUGAUUUCCGACCUCACACUCCAUCACCCAGGACUUCAGCAGUGACGACUGUAACAUCCGAUCACAAGCCCUGGGACUCCAAAGUCAAAAAAAUAUUGCCACCAAAUCCCCAAAACAUCCACAGCAGCAGGGAGAAACAUGAUCCUGUUUCCACCAGGCUUUUGGAAUUCAAAGAUCUGAAGAGGGUUGCAUGCACCUCUCCUCCACCUGAAUCUAUGGACAAGGUGUUGCGAAAUAACUACACAUCAGAAACUCGAAGAAGUUUUAAGGCUCCAGACUGGGACUCUAACUUGUCUCCUGGUCUCAAGCCACCACUGAGUACUCUGGAGAAAAUGGCAGACCCUGUGAGCCAGCACUUCACUUUAAAGAGAUAUCAUAGCAGGCCUGAAUUAUGGCAGACUGUUGGACCUCAGUGGAAUAAACAUCAGAUUCGUGCCUCAUAUAAUGUGAAGAAGCCCUUCAGUUUCACUAGCCCAUGUACAAAAUCAGGACAAAUUCCUUUAUAUAGUGGUGUAAUUGGCUCUGAGAACAUGGACAAUAUUGACAUCCCUGAGAAAGACUUCAUCCCACUGACUUUACUGCGUACCGUUAUACCCCCCGACACUCCCACAGCCCAGUAUCCUUCCCACUAUUCCUGGUUACACUGGAAAAACUCUGCACAACAGACCACACACCUCAGCCACCAGCCAACCUACUUCAAUGCUUACUCAUCAGGUUACAGGGUGCAGUUCAGCAUCAUCAUGCUAUGGUCGGAAGGCCCCUCUGUCCAGAAUGGUCCUCACUGUCCCACCACACAAUCCCUUCCUUCAACCUAAAGCUCAGUAAAUAGUCUCAAUGCACUAGAAAUAAAACGAGAAAUAAAAAUAUGUGGCUUUUCAUGAAAUCCAGUCUGUAUUUGUGAAUAGAACUUUAAUGAUGUGAUUGCACAGACUGGUUUAGAGUAAUGAGAUGCCUCAUUAGCAUAAUUUCCUUUGAUUCAGUUGAGACGUUUUGUGAAUAUGGAGGAAUAUUUCAUUUGUUGCACUUUCCUGUGUGUGUGCGGUGUGUGCAUCAAAGUGUGAUGCCUGCAUAUUGUUCUCAGAAGUCCUUUUUACAUAAAAUGACUUCCUCAGAGAAUUUACUCAAUCAUUCGCAAUAACUUAGAGUUGCAACAAUGCUACUAAACUUUGCUACUAAACUCAGGUGCUUAUGUAGCGGUAUGUAAACUAUGAAGAAAUAUCUGCUGUUUCUGAACUACUCUACACCCCAAGAACUGUGGUUGGAGAAUAAAAGAAAAAAGGCAAUGUCGCUUCACCUGUUGACAGGAAAUAGGAACGUGCUGGUUUCCUGUCUCUCCCCCCCUGUAACCUUCAUUUUCUGUGCAACAAACCCCUCAGGAUUUCGCUCAGUUAGCUCACCCAAACAUGUCUUACACUAUAGGAUGAUUUCCCUUUACAGAAAGUUUUCUUUUAUUAAUAAAUUAUAUGUAUAUGUAUGAGAAGGAACUACAGUUUUGAAGAACA